GAGUGUGUGCAGCCUCGGGCGGCAGCCACUUUCUCCAUCACGGCUUCAUCCUUCCCUUCUUCUUCCUCCUUACCGUCUACCUGUGGCUCCUUGCCCAGGGAAGGUUUCUGUUCCAUCAAACCUCAAAUGGCGCCGUAGAGGACUUGCAAGCAUUGAGGGACGGGUAAUACAUACGCUCAACAGGAAGAAAAUCAUGUCGCUGCUCCUGCGUUCCUUCCAGCGCGGUCAACGCUCCCAACAGGACCCGGAGCCGUUGUCUCCUGGCCCCGCCCGGCAUGGAGACUACUUCCAGCCUCGGCAUGCCACCGCAGACUUCACCGAGCUCGACGACGAUGAUGACGACGACGAUUCCAACGAAGAUGGGCAGCCCCGGUAUCGCGGAGGGGAUGAUAACGAGGACGGCCUGCCUCAGCCCAGCAAUGUCUUGCCCCUCUACUCCUCGUCACAUUUGGACUCGCUGCCCGUCUACUCGAUAACACAUGCAAUACGAAUCAUCGUCCAGGCGAGAACCGAGACGACGCUGACAUGGGAGCAACUGAGAUCCCCCCAGGUCUCCCAGUUCCUCGUCAAGCCAAUGCAGCAACAGAUACGUGCCCACCACUUCUCCACGGCAACCUUGUAUGCCUUGAUGGCAAAUUGUCUACAAUUUGCCAAGGAACGACAGCUCUAUCCCGGCAAUGCAGGGACAAGUAGUACGCGGUCUAAAGUCUGUGAAUUGCUGGCAAUCAAGUUGCUCAAGGAAUACUCCACUCGCGAGCUCAUAGAUGCUCUAUCCUAUGACUUCUACCCGCUCCGCGGCAUUCCCGGAUCCAUGACCCCGAUCACUCCCGGAGGCAAAGUGAAACAGGGCGUCGUCAGGACCUCUACCCUCGAGGUCGCCAUCAGAGCAUCUGCCAAGCACUUCCUUGCUCACCCUCUCGUCGUGCAACAGCUAGAAGCCAUCUGGAGCGGUGCCAUCAGCUUCUACUCCUCCGCGGAUGCCCUCCAUCGCCGACCCUCGGUGGCCAAUCCGGUAAACAGCCAGGGGCCACGGCGGCAGAGUGACCAGAGGACCCCUCUACUUGCAAGCCAGCAGCCAGGGAAAGAGGAGCCGAUGCGGUAUCAAGGUGUCGCCCCUGGCCGCCGGACUGCGACCCUCUAUGACCCCAGGAAUGCAUCCUUGUUCAAGUUGUCUCGGCUUCGGGUCCCGCGCUACAGGCAGAUCCUGUCCACGUGCUCCCUCGCCGUCUUGAUUGGCCUUUUCCUUGCCGUUCUCAUCCAGAGAUCGCAGCGCAUCACCUCGCUAGAGCUUGUCUUCUGGUUCUGGAGCGCCGGCUUCAUGCUCGACGAGCUUGUCGGCUUUACCGAGCAGGGCUUCUCGCUCUAUAUCAUGAGUUUCUGGAAUAUUUUCGAUCUCGGCAUCCUGCUGCUUCUGAUCGUCUACUAUUGUAUGCGGAUCUACGGCGUCUUCGUCAUUGAUACCAACAGAUGGAACGAGAACGCAUAUGACGUCCUCGCGGCGAAUGCAAUUCUACUGCUGCCUCGCAUCUUCAGCGUUCUGGACCACUAUCAGUACUUCUCCCAGUUGCUGAUAGCAUUUAGAUUGAUGGCCCUCGACCUCGCCGCGGUCUUCAUCCUCAUUCUCAUCUCGUGCAGCGGGUUUUUCGUCUUCUUCACGCUCUCGACAAAUAACAAUGGCGGUGCCGAAGUUGCGUACAAGAUAUUCCAGAUACUCAUGGGCUUCACCCCUGCGGCCUGGGAAGUUUGGCCAAAGUACGAUUGGCUGGGCAAGACCCUCAUGGGUCUGUUUCUUAUCAUUUGCCACUUCGUAGUCGUAACGAUCCUUAUCACGGUCCUAACAAACUCGUUCAUGUCGAUCGCCUCGAAUGCGUCCGAGGAGCAUCAAUUUCUGUUCGCUAUCAACACAAUCUCGGAGAUCAAGAAUGAUGCCCUCUUCUCCUAUGUUGCCCCCGGCAAUAUCUUUGCGUGGGCUCUCAUACCCCUGAGAUAUUGCAUGCCGUUGAGGCAGUUUGUUUGGCUCAACAGAUUCGUCAUCAAGGUCACCCACUUCCCGCUUCUGUUUUGCAUCUACGUCUAUGAGAGAUACUUCUUAGCCCCGUCCAUGUACGACCCGACGGACCUGGUGGAAAAUCCAGGCCGCAGUUGGCAACGGGCUGUUUCUCUCGCAGACCCGGCAAGCCGGGCAGCUCUCUUCAGCCCCAACGUCCGGGUCCGUGAAGGAUCCGUGGUGGGGUUUCAGAAGGACCGCGCCUUGGAAGAGGUGUUUCGGCGAGCUCCCGACUUGGCUACUUUGCGAACACAGAGACGGCAUGAGAGGAGGAAGACGCAAAACGCGAUACGCACAUGGAUGGACCAACACGAAGGCGAAUAUGCGAACUCGCCGCGCAACUACUCUACCAUUGACAGUCGGUCCGUGAACGAGUGGCAGAGGAAGCUGAGUGUGAACCGAGACAGGUCAAGGAGGUUCCGGCACUUCUCCGACGCGCGGUCUGUCGCAAGUGAUCCUGCGGAUCUCAUGUCGAACGCGGCCUACCCCAUGGCACCCGACUUCUACUACGAGGGUAUAUCUCGGCGGGAUCAUGCAGCCGAGGUUCAUAACCACACAGAUGCGGACGGCGAUGAUGAGCUCGUGACUAACGAUGAAGAGGAAGAGGACAAUGCUACGAAUGCUGCCGAGCACGACAGAGCUCGCCAGCCAAUAAUCGAAGAGGACGAGACUUUCGCGACACCGAUUGCAACUCGUUUCGGGAACCUCGCCUCUACGCCACCUGGACCCUCGGUACAUCAGGAACAGAAGACACCAGCGUCGCCUCGCGCGGGGCCUUCCCGCCGCCGCGGGUUGCAUAAUCGGACAAUGUCCACGAAUACGAUCCUCUAUGCUCCGCAGGAGGCGCCGAGUCCUCGCGGCUCCCCCGCUGGGUCCCUGGAGCCGGCAUCGAAUGUCACCCCACGGCCACCCAUUAACCGGCAUAUUCCCGCCGAUUUUUCCCCUGCUGGCGCCGCCGGCCACGCGUCCCCCCGCCGGUCCCUCUACACGGCUUCCCGGCCACAGCCGGUCCUCCCCGCCCGCGAUGUAGCCCGCACGGCAUUCAACCGCUCCGCGCUGCUAGGCCUCGACAUCCCCGCCCGGCAGGCCGCGCCGCGCCGCCGCUCGUCGGUCGACCAGGACCCGUCAUCAGAGCUCAACGCGGCCAUGGCGGCGGACGACACGCUCGGGGCGGUGCCGUCCAGCUUCGCCACGCAGAUGGCCCUGGCCAUGACGCCGCACCUGAACCUGGCGGCUAAGAGCGCCGGCGCCGCCGAGCGGGACAGCAACAACCGCAUGAGCCGGCUGAUGCUGGCCAAGAUGAAGACGCUGGAGGAGAGCCUCGGCGACGUGGUGCGCGAGAUGCGGGUGCUGCGCAGCGCCGUGCCCAGCACGGCACAGAACUCCGGGGACGACGGCAACGACGGUCGGAAGGGGACCGGGCUUGGACCGGGGCUCCGGUAUCGGGUUAGGUCUAGUUCGACUUCAGGCUCCGCCGGGCCAGCUCUGAUCGAGGUAGCCGCUGCGCGGGGGCGCGGCGGCGGGGGGCUGAGGAGGUCAAAGACCACCGCCGCCGCGAGGGGCGGCGACAGGCGGCCCGCGAGUCGCAGGAGCCUGGGCGAAGAGAGAGUCGGGAUGGGGCCACACGAACUGAGGGGGAAGAGCAAGGACAAGGGGAAGGGGAAGGCCGUGGAGAUGUCUGACACGGAUGACAAUGGAGAUGAUUGGGCUGGUCUCGAGGAGGAUACCAGUUUCACGAGGAGGGGGAGCUCCUUCUGAGGGGGGCGAGGUGCGCAGACUGGAACGGUGGAGGGCAGGGGCUGUGUUUGGUUCUCGUUCUGCAUAUAUCAGCGGCGUUUUGCUACGACGGGUGGCAUGCUUUCUUUGCAUUGGACGGGGCGUUCUGGAUCUGGCAUUUGGUGCGGGGGUUCAUGUCCCAGUUCCCGGCUUGAGUUCAUCACGUCGGUUUUGAAUCUGGCUGUCCUGGCAUGGGUAUCUCAUUUUCCGCUCUUGGUUCGAUAGCAUUUGUGUGCGA